UCAAGCUUCUGCUGCGUACUCGCAAGGUUGUCGUCUUCUCUCAGCUAUAAUUACCUCUCUCCUCGUAAUAUUAAUGGCACUGCUGAAUUUACAUACGAACUCUUGGAGAUAAGACGGAAUAGACAUUUUAUUCUUCACAUAAGGAUAUGCUAUCUAACUCUGUAACGUAGACUAACUGUAAAAGUACAGCCGGAGUCGUCAGUUAGUCAACCAGCUAACAGGGGUUAGCACCACAUAUCUGCACACCGUGUGCUUUUUACUCUCACUUUCUCUUCCAUUUCGUCUUCGUCUCUUGUCGGCCUUUAUAUUCUGUCACCAACUUCAGUCCGUGGUGUAGCCAGGAGAGGAUGAACUGGCUUUUCCCCCUGUCUAAAGGCUCCGGACCUCUCCCUCCUCUCAACAGCCUACAGCAACAAAGACAGCGGCAGAUCGAGUCACUCAAAGCCGCUCACCCCAGCCUCGCUGAGAUCCAGAAAGAUGUGGAAUACAGAAUACCAUUCACAGUCAACAACUCCACUAUUAGUGUUAAUAUCCUGCUGCCUCCUCAGUUCCCCCAGGAAAAGCCGGUGGUUAGUGUCUAUCCCCCUGUUGGUCAUCACUUAGUCGACAGCAAUAAUGGCACCAUGAUCACUAGCCCCCUCAUCACUAAUUUUGGGAUGCAUUCAGAUCUGGGUAAGGUCAUCCAGAGUCUGCUGGACGAGUUCUGGAAGAGUCCUCCUGCCUUGAUGUCCAGUGGCGCUGCUGGCUUUCCAUACAGUAUGUACAAGCCGUCAGGCAUGGCUCCUUACCCCACUCAGGCUUACCACUAUGGUCCUCGCCAUGUGGGCCCCAGUCACACACCACCUCCCGGUCCAGGCCCAGCUCCAGCUCCCAUGCCUCACCCAGGGGUCGAUAGUACCCAUGGGCCCCCUCGAGCCCCAGCCCCAUAUGGACUGAUCUCUGACCUGCCGCUGCCUGUUCCUACUGGAGACUCCCAGGCUGGACUGAAUGGACACAUGUACAAGAUGCCUGAGAUCCCAGAGUCCUUUCCUGAACUCUGUGACUUGAAUCUGACCCAGCUGUCGGACAUGUCUGAAAACGAGGAUGUGUUACUGGAGUUCUUCGUGAGUUUGCCACAAUUGAAACAAGUCACCAGUGAUAAAGAAGAGCUGGUCACCAGUAUAGUGGACAUGGCUAAGAAGAAUCUUCAGAUGGAGCCACAGCUGGAAGGAAAAAGACAAGAAAUGCUUUACAAGUACGAACAGUUGACUCAGAUGAAGUCGGCCUUUGAAACAAGGAUGCAGAGACAGCAUGAACUUAGUGAGAGUUGCAGUCUUAGUACGCUACAGGCUCGGUUAAAAGUUGCAGCCCACCAGGCUGAGGAAGAAUCAGAGGAAACAGCUGAAAACUUCCUGGAGGGGCGCACAGACAUAGAUGAAUUUCUCACCAGCUUCAUGGAGAAGAGAACGCUUUGCCACAGCAGAAGGGCCAAAGAGGAAAAGUUGCAACAGUCCAUCAACACACAUGGACAGUUUCCUACCAGUCACUAGAACACAAGGUUUGGUGUUUUCUCAGCCAACUGCUGCCAACUAAAUGGAUAAAGACAUUUGAUGGGACGAAAAGCACACUGAGUCAACAAUGGGCACUUUGGAGAAAUAGGAAGAUGGUGAUAGCAGUGGUGGGCUUAAAAAAAAAAAAAAAAAAAAAAAGCCCACUGUGCUCAGAUGUGGGCUAAAAAUACUGUUGAAGUUGGAUUUGUUACAGCAAGAUGGAGAAGCUGUCGAGUCACCACAAGAGGCCAAAGCUGGGAGAAUGAGUGACACGUGCCUCGCUUUUCCAACCACAUCACUAAGGAUUGAUGACAUCGGGGGUAAUUUCUGUUGCACACGCUGUUUGUCCAGUUUUGACUAGUCAGUGAUGAAAGAUUUUUUGUUUCUUUCCUGAAUUAUGUCACAUUUCUCAGUAAGAGCAACAUCUGCACCUGAGUGGUUAGUGAUGUGAACACAUUUGGAAGAAAGUACAAAAUUGUUUAGGACAGGACUCCCAAUCUUACUUUUUUACAUGCGGUGAGCAAGUAAAUGUCACUAUAAAAUAAUUGUUAAAAUGCUAAUGUUGGUGUCUGUACUCCCCAUCUCUGAGAUCAAAGUCCAGUCCUUGCUUUAUUAUCCCAGAGAGGUCCUGUUGGACAGACAGGAGAAUAACCUUUGCACUGCAAAUCUACUGUUUACACUUGGUUAGUUGUUCUAGACAUUUUACAUGAAACUCAGCAGCGGCAGUAUCACUUCAACAUGUGAAGAUAAUCUGUCCAAGGCAUUUCUGAUUUGUAAUAUAACUAAAUAAAUUUGGGAUUCUCCAACAAAAAGAAGCAAGGACGAGGCAGUGCUGUCAGCAUAGCUUAAAAUUAAACUGCAUAUAGUUGUUGGGUUUUCCCUUUCAGUAAUGUCUUGAACACAGCCUCGCUAUCAGCGUGUUUACACAGUCAAUAAUAAUUCGAUUAAACUUUCCAAGGCAACACUCUGAUUCUCACAAUGUUGUCAACACCAUAACCAUAUUAUCUGCUGUACCUCAGAAUCAAUGGCAACAUUAUCCAAAUAACAAGCGUGGUUACUGGUCUGUUAUUUUUUAAUUGCAGUAUUAGGUUUGUGUGGGUAGUAGUAAUAUGUUUCCUGGAGGUUAACACAAACCAUUUCAGACAUUGAUCAGUUUACGUUAUGUUAACUGAAGUUGGCGGGAAAUUAUAGUACAGUAAACCAUAAUGACCGUUUAAUCACACCAUUACCUUCAUUCUGUACAUUUUUUUUUACAUGAAUCGAGUUAUUUGUGUACAUGUAAACAUGCUGAUCCCGAUGAGCACCACAAUGAUAACCCAGCUAUUUUCAGACACCUUUUUUCAACUUGAAAUUUGUGGUGAAGAGCCUGAGAAGAUUUGGGAUAAUGUUGAGGAAUAUUAGGUUAAAUGCUGCAGUAAAACACGAUGACAUUGGAUACUGUAUUUAAAUAAUGUUAAUAAUAGGCUAUAUUGUAAUCAAAGACUCAGACACCUUGUAUUAUAUGUUCUUAUUUAAUUUGUUAGAGUAAUAAAGCAUUUAGAAUAA